AUGCCGAAACAAAAGCGUUCUGCGGAAGAAAAGAUGGAAUAUUAUAAAAAUAAAAUUCGGAAAUAUGAAUUACGACGACAAGGCGCUGGUCAACAACCUAACCAGAGUCCCUCCGGUUAUACACCAUGCAUGGACUAUUCGGAAGAAGGGCCUAUAAUUGAGGCGAUACCAGUGGAUCCUGUCGAUGAUACAGUAAACGAUAGUGACGACUCCUUCGAAACCAUCCCGUCUACUACAGCUGAUCCGGUAUUAGACCCGUCAUCAGGUGCCGAAGAAACAGUUCCUAAUAAUCCUGAAAUCGAGAACGUGGUACCUGAAAUAGACCCGGAACUUUUACAAGCCUUAGGCGAAGUAACAGAAGGGACUCCUGAAUUCGGGGAAAAGAUCCACGAAAACCUAGCACAACUGUGGGCACCCCUGCUUAAGAAAGGAUUAUCAAAGGAGAGUAAGGAAAAGCUUACGAAAGAUUAUCUUAUUCCCGAAAAUUGUAAGUUAUUUCAAGCACCUAAACUAAAUGCUGAAAUAACAGCAGCUAUUUCAGAACUAGCAAGGAACUGGGACAAGAAAAUGAUGGCAACCCAACAACAGUUAGGCAUUGGCCUAACGGCUGUCAAUAGAGCCAUGACAAUCCUUCUAACCAGCGAUAACAAAGUUAAGGCAAUGAACAACAGGGUUAUUAUCGAACAAAAUGCAUAA